UUAUAUAUCUUAACCUGAGAAUUUAGUUUCUACAUUUGUGAUCCUUGCAUAUAAACACUACCACUCUAACACGCAGCAGUUAAGACAAAAAAUGGCGCCACAUGUUUAGGUCAUUUAAACCAUAAAUAAGAACAGCUGUUAAUUCAAAAUUUAAGAAAAUGUAUAGAUGGACAGUUUUAUCGUUCAUUUUGUUGAGUGCCAGUAUGUUUGAAGCAUCCAAGGUAUCAGAAAACGUAUUGAAAGACAAUAAAGGUGGGGAAUAUGACGUCAUUGAUGUUCAAAUUGGCAAAACAGAUAUUGCAAUAAUCAAGAAAGAUGGUGUUAUUGUGGCAGACGAAAUUACCAGUGAAAACAAAGAGUAUUCAAUCAUCAAGUACAACGGAACCUGCAAUGUUCAGUUUUAUGAGGACCCUUCAGACGAUAAAACAUGCCAUCAAGCUUUUGAAGAUGACGAAAGCAUCCCCAAUGACACCAAAGCAGAAAUCAAAGAAGAAUGUGGAGAUUUAGAUAUUGCUUAUGUUAAGGCUGUUCAUUGUAACGCAGAACACGGCAUUCAAAAAAGAGCAUGUUAUUAUUAUUACUACAUUGGUCGAUGUUGCAGAAGGAGAUGGUGGAACAAAUACUACUGUUACAUCUGCUGGUACAGAACCAUUAGAUGUUAUUGAUUUGGAAAAUAGGAGUGCCUCUUCAUACAUUCAGUACUUUUGUAUUAUCGGAACUUUUCUUUUUUUUCUGUUUUAUAUAAAGAUUCUUUAGACACUUGUGUAUGGUUAAUUAUGUUAUAUAUUUGAAAGUGUGUUUGUCACGGUUUCAUUGUUAGUUAUAUCAAAAAAACUUUUUUUAAAGAUUUAUUGCGUUUGUUUAAAAUGAAUAAGAUAUUUUCUCAAAUGUUAUAGCAAGUUAAAACCUUCCUCAGGAAAAAAGGAAUAACAAAAAUACAAAACUCAGAGGAAUAUUAAAACAAAGUUUUUAAAUCAAAUGAUGUAGAAAAUGAUUGAUUACAUUUGGUUUCCUACCUAUCGAAACCUCUCAUUUGUAUGGCUCCUUAAACCUGCUUUUAUAGCUAGCUGAACCUCUCAUUUGUAAAGCGAAUGAUUAAUUCAAACUGUAAUUCUGACCUUUAACAAAUAAAUACUAAACAAUGA